AUGCUGCUCCUCACUGUUGCUGCUCCUCCUCCCGCUGCUUCACCUCUUGCUGCUCCUCCUCCCGCUAAUCCUCCUCCUGCUGAGCUGCUGGAGGAGGAGCAGUUAGAGGAGGAGGAGGAACAGUUAGAUGAGGAGCAGCAUGCGGAGGAGCAGCCUGAGGAAGAGCAGCUUGCGGAGGAGCAAUCUGAGGAGGAGGAGCAGCGGGAGGAGGAGCAGCAGGUGGAGGAGCAGCCUGAGGAGGAGGAGCAGUUAGAGGAGGAGCGAGAGGAGGAGCAGCCUGAGGAGGAGCAGGACGAGGAGCAGCCUGAGGAGGAGGAGCAGCAGGAGGAGGAGCAGGAGGAGGAGCAGGAUGAGGAUGAGGAGCAGGAAAAGGAGGAGCAGAAGGAGGAGAAGCAACGGGAGGCGGAGCAGCAGGAGGAGGAGCAGCAGGAGGACUUUACUAUAAGGAGGAUAUAUUACUUUAAAACCACUGUCCAACACCAGAUGGAAAAGAGGAGGAGCAGCGUGAGGAGGAGGAGCUGGAGGAGGAGCAGCAGGUGCAGGAGCAGCGGGAGGAGGAGCAGCCUGAAAAGGAGGAGCAGCUUGAGGAGGAGCAGCGGGAGCAGGAACAGCCUGAAAAGGAGGAGCAGGAGGAGGAGCAGCCUGAGGAGGAGGAGCGGGAAGCCUGAGGAAGAGGAGAAGCAGCAUGCAGAGGAGCAGCCUGAGGAGGAGGAGCUGGAGGAGGAGCAGCCUGAAAAGGAGGAGCAGGAGGAGGAGCAGCGGGAGCAGCGGGAGGAGGAGCAGCAGCAUGAGGAGGCGCAGCUAGAGGAGGACCUGGAGGAGGAGCAGCCAGGAGGAGGAGGCAGCAGGAGGAGGAGCGCGGGGAGGAGGAGCAGGCCUGAAAAGGAGGAGAGCUUGAGGAGGAGAGCGGGAGAGGAACAGCCUGAAAAGGAGGAGCGGGAGGAGGAGCAGCCUGAGGAGGAGCAGCCUGAGGAAGAGCAGCUGGAGGAGGAGGAUUUGGAGGAGGAGCAGCUGGAGGAGGAGGAGCCUGAGGAGGAGGAGCAGCCUGAAAAGGAGGAGCAGGAGGAGGAGCAGCGGGAAGCCUGA